AUGCUCUCUAUGGUUCUCAAGAGUGAAGGUCUCCCACUUGCCGAAGAUCCAUGGCAUUAUAUUCCCAUUUUCGUACCUGCCGACCAUCUUGGACGUACACAUCAUGACUUGCGUACGAGCACCCACCCCAUCGGUCACGUCCGUCUCUACGCUGCAAAUGGCAUUAAGCAGAGCAUGCGUCGCUUCACACUUCCUUACGACGAUAUCCGCGGACAUUACCCCGACCCCUUUCCGGUCACAGGACUGCUUCAGUACUCGACAAUGUACAAAUCUGGAUCUGAGGUCGAUCUCCCCAUUAGGCCGCAUCCCCAUUGGACGGAUCGACUCACAUCAGACAACUUUGAAGAGGAUGAGUCAGACUCAGACUCGUUGUCGGGCGGACAGCACUCAUCGUUGGGUGGACAGCAUCCGUUGUCAGGAGGACAGCACUCGUCGUCGGGCAUACAGCACCCGUUGUCGGGAACACAGCACUCAUCGUCGGGCGUACAGGACUCGUUGCCGAGCAUACAUGAUUUGCCGUCGGGCGUACAGCAAUCGUUGUCGAGCGUACAGGACUUGUUGUCGGGCAGGGAAGAUUAG